AUGAUCAGUAGCAGCAGUAACAACAAUUCCUCAUCAUCAUCGUCUUCUUCAUCCUCCUCCUCCUCCUCAUCGGAAAAAGUAUCUGUUACAUUCAAUAUUUUAAGCAAGAAAACAAAAUGUACAUUAGAAUUGGAUGGGAAUACUACUAUUGGAAGAAUUAAACAAGAAUUACAAUCUGAUUUUCAAAUACCUGCAUCAAGAACCAAAAUUAUAAAUUCGGGAAAGAUUUUGGCUGAUGAUGUUGUAUUAUCAUCUCUCAAAAGAAAGAAUAUUGUAUUCUUGGUGAUGGGUAGUAAGCCUUCUUCCGAGUUAUCACAAUUGGUCGUGGAGGAUUGUAUUGCUGCGUCGUUGGGGUUUCUUACAUUGGAGGAGAUCCAAAAUUGUAGAUUAGUAUCACGAUCAUGGAAUGUUAUGUGUCUCAAGGGAAGUGUAAAGAAUAGAGAUCGGUAUACCUUUUUGUCAGACGGGAAAACAUGUUUUGAUUUGCUGCAAAAUAAGACGGCAUAUGUGUUGAGUGAGCCAAUUCAAUCCAUUUAUGAAAUGACUUCUAUACACUCAUCAUACAUCCAUGAUUAUUUUAAUGUAUAUACGGUAUCGGGAGCUGUUAAAAAGAGAGUCUACACAGGAACCGAAAUGGUGUUUAUUGUAAAUAUGAAUGGUAUUGGUGGAACAAGUGAUGUAUUUCAAGCUAUUGAUGUUCCAACAGGAUCUGCUAUUUUACGUUUCAGUGAGCAUACGUUUAGUGACAUUAAGCCUAUUGGUGUAAAGAUGAAGCAGGAGAGAGCAUUUGCAACAUUCCGUCGAGAACUAUUAUUGAAAAAAGACAAAGAAAGAAGAGACAAGCUGAGACAUGAUUUCAAUGAGCAAAUGAAACUUCAAAAAACGGCUGUCAACUCUAUGGAAUGGCAACAAAAACUCAUCCUUUUACAAAAUGAAGCUAAUGAUACCAGGAAAUUUGAGGAGUCACCUGAAUUCCAGCAUCUUGUUGAAGUGGAGAAGAAAAAGUUUUUCGCAGACACUCUAAUUUUUGCAUUUUAUGAUCACUCAACGAAGAAUAUUAUUUUAGAAUUUGGCAAUUAUAUUGUCAGCAUAGAUCCUAAAACAGGAAAUUGCAAGAAUCAUGUUACAUUGCUAUCCACGACACAAAAAGAAGAAAUUAUUGAAGAAGCAGUGACACCGAUCCUUCCAUUAGAGAAAUACUACAUUUUAAAAACACAAAGCAACAAUGUCAUGCUACUUGAUAGACAAACCCUUAAAAUAGUAUUCGUUCUGAAGGAUAUGACCGAUAUUGCAAAUUUCAUUUGUCCCAUCAAAACUGAAGAAGAUUUAUAUAUUUUAGCAGAGAGUUCAAAUGGCUCGUAUUCGCUGUGGACGACUACAGGUCAAAAUGUGAUCAAUUUUCCAAAUGAAUCGCUUCACGUGACACAUCACAACAUAUUUGCCGGCUCCUCUGUAUUUGAUAUCGAUGAAUUGAAGACUACCUUCUCAGGAUUUGACAGAGAUAAGAAUUACCUCGCUAACGGCACUCCCCUAGUGAUUUUCGAAGAUAAGGAAUUUUCUCUUGGAGGAUUUAUACACUUGUCAAAGUUUGGAAAAAUCGAGAAGCAAUAUUCCUUUGGGGCAGUGGAAGAAAUAACGCGUUGUGCGUGUUUUAAAUCGGUGGCUGUAAAUGUGGAAUAUGAACGUCACUUUAGAGCUCGAGAAAAAGUGGUGGAAGCAAAACUUUUACCAUCCAUCCAAUGGUCUGUACCGAUUGCUAUACCGUAUUCUCUUCUUUCUUCCAUGCCCAGAUCAUUUUACUUGUAUGGAGAUUAUUUGUAUUUUGUUUGUGCCAUUCCAUCUAGUAAGCGAAAAGCUUCCAUAAGGGAAGAGAGAAAUGAUAAUGACGAGGAAGAAGAUUCUGAAAACGAUGUCACUGAACAAGACGAAGAAGAGGAAGAAUUGGAAACUUCCCCUCCCAGUAGCAGCUCAGAAAAAUUCCUCAUCUAUUGCGUAGAUAUAAAGGCAGGUACCAUGGUUUGGAAAGAUGAAAGAUUCUCAGCUGCCAAUUCCAAAACAACCUCCAUUGAGGUUUUCCCAAGAGCUAAUUCUCUCUUUACCUUCUUCCAUACCACCUCAGGUACUGUUUUAAUGGUUCACAUUCUAAAUACUGGAACCCUAACAUUCAAGACAAUUCAAUCUUCGAACGAUGAUCGAAUGUCUCUUGAUCACAAACAAUUGAUAUUGUCUUAA